AGCAACGAUCGGAUAGAAAAUGCACCUCUUCUCCCCCAAAGCUCACUUCCCUCUACUCCCUUCACCAUCCUCCCCGACCUCCAACUUCAACUCCAAUCUCGUCUCCCUCUCUCUCAUCGCCGCUCCUCCAUCACUUCGAUCCCUCCCUCCCGUCAGAUCCACGAACUCCUCGCCUGCCCCCCUCCAGCACAAGGUCGACAAUGCCCAGCUGGGCGUCGAUGAAGACGACCAAGUCGAAGAAGAUCUCGAAAAUGCCCGGGAGGGACUCCUCGUCGUCCGCCGCCCCGUGAAGGAUGACCUCGAGGAUUCAGCAGCAGGUUCUCUGGCGGAGAUCGAGGAGAGGAGCGGGGGAGGUGAAGGAACGCCUUCUGUUUCUAAGAUCGAUAAGGGGCUGUCGGAGUUUGCCAAAAAGAUGAUGAUGUUCGAACCCGAGAGAGUCGUAGCUGGCGAGAAGAGGCCGCUCGGAAUUAACCUGGAACUAGGUCUGUACCGUGCCAAAGUCCUCACUAGGAAGUACAGGUUCAAAGAAGCCGAGGAGAUUCUCCUUAAGUGUAUUUCGUUUUGGCCUGAAGACGGGCGCGCUUAUGUGGCCCUUGGAAAGCUCUUUUCCAAGCAAUCGAAGUACACAGAAGCUAAAUCAGUAUACGAGAGAGGUUGUCAAGCUACACAAGGAGAAAAUUCUUAUAUUUGGCAGUGUUGGGCUAUGCUUGAAAGUAAGGCUGGAAAUAUCCGUAGGGCCAGGGAGCUUUUUGAUGCUGCUACAGUGGCUGACAAGAAGCAUGUUGCAGCUUGGCAUGGAUGGGCAGUACUAGAAAUACAGCAAGGAAAUAUAAAAAAGGCAAGAAAUCUUCUUGCAAAAGGACUUAAAUACUGUGGUGGAAAUGAGUACAUUUACCAAAGUCUUGCGAUCCUUGAAGCAAAAGGAAAGAGGUUUAAGAGGGCUAGGUACUUGUUCCAGCAAGCUACCAAAUGCAACCCUAAAAGCUGUGCAAGUUGGCUUGCAUGGGCUCAGGUAGAAAUGCAGCAGCAGAACAACUACACGGCGAGAAAGCUUUUUGAGGAAGCUGUACAGGCCAGUCCCAAGAACAGGUUUGCAUGGCAUAUCUGGGCGCUGUUUGAGGUUAAUCAAGGCAACAUUGACAGAGGAAGGAAGCUUCUGAAGAUUGGCAAUGCUGUAAACCCAAGGGAUCCUGUCAUCCUUCAGUCCUUAGCCUUGCUGGAAUAUAAGCAUUCAUCCACAGACCUUGCUCGUUCAUUGUUUAGAAAAGCGUCUGCACUUGACCCAAGGCACCAACCUGUCUGGGUGGCAUGGGGUUGGAUGGAGUGGAAAGAGGGGAAUAUUAGCACUGCCAAGGAGCUUUACCAAAGAGCUUUAUCAAUUGAUUCAACUACUGAAAGUGCUGCUCGUUGCCUACAGGCAUGGGGUGUCUUGGAGCAAAGGAUAGGAAACCUGUCGGUAGCAAGAAGAUUGUUUAGAUCUUCACUUGAAAUAAAUUCUCAGAGUUAUGUUACAUGGAUGACAUUGGCAUCAUUGGAGGAUCGACGAGGUGAUCCUGUUCGGGCUGAAGAAAUUCGUAAUCUAUAUUAUCAACAGCGGACCGAAUUAGUCGAUGAUGCUUCAUGGGUUAUGGGCUUCACCGACAUUAUUGAUCCAGCUCUUGAUAGCCUAAAGCGACUGUUAAAUUUGGACCCGAGCUUUGAGUUAAAGGAGCAGAAGAUUCUAAGAAGCUUGGAAACUGCAAAUAACAGCUCCAAUGAAUUUUUGAGAAACCCAACUCUCACAGAUAAUGUAUUGGAGCGCGAAGAGAAUACAGGCUCAUAUGAGAGUGAUUUCAAUUUGGAUGUGUUUGCUAAAACUAAAUUAUCCCUCGAUGUAUCGACUCUGGAUUGAUAAAAAGCUUCUAAAUGAGGAAAGCGAGGAAUCUCGUGAGGAAUUUGUUUAGCUUGGAUAUUUUCAUGGCGAUGGAUGUUGAGGAUCGCAUUUUUUGA